CCUCUCUCUCUCUCUCUCUCUCUCCAUUUAUUAAAUGUGAAUAAAGAGCUAGAGGUUUAACCUGAUGAACUUCCCAAUGUUCUAACGCAUAAUUCUCUCUCUUCCCAAAUUCCUUUGCUCUACGCUCGCUUCACUCUCAGAGGUUCCAUGGCUUCUCUUCUCUUCCUUCUCUUCUGGUCUCUCUGCUUCUCUCUUCUCCAUGCGAAAUCCCCCUAUCUCUCUCCCUCCAUCUUCCUCCCAAACUACGGCCAAAUGCUCAGCCAAUUCAAAAUCUACCCUUACCCCAACCCCAAUACCAAGAACACCACCCUUUCUCUCUCUACCAACCAUUCUUCCUCUUUCUCUCUCUUUCACCAAACCCUCUUAACCAGCCACUUCAUCACGUCGGACCCCGGCGAAGCCCACCUCUUCUACCUCCCUUUCCCGGCGACUCCCCAGUUUUCCGGCAACCGGAGAACCCUAGCCCGUUACAUAAGGGACGUACGGUCGUCCUUCCCCUUUUGGAACCAAACCCUUGGCGCCGAUCAUUUCUAUGCGUCGCCCCAUUUGAUCGCCGUUGACUCCGAUCGAAACCUCGUCGAGCUCAAGAAGAACUCUGUCCAGGUCGCCGGUUUCUUGCCGGGAUAUUCCACGGUCAACGGAAUGUUCCUUCCACAUAAGGACAUAAUGUUGCCGCCGAUUCCGCAUCGGCAAAAGAUCGGCGAGGGGGGAGGGAGGGGGCAUUUGGUUGGGGAAAAGAUCGGCGAGGGAAAGAAAGGGACGGGACAAUUCCUGGGGUGUUAUGUUGGGGAUGACACGCGGCAGGUACGGUCUGUGCUUGAGUAUCUAAGAGAGGAUUCAAGGUUUAUGAUCGAAUCUCAACCGUUGGAUCUGGGGUCAUGUGGGUUCUGCCUGUUUCUGUACGGCGGGGACCUGACGGCUAUGCGUGGGGCUCUGUGGGCGGGGUGCGUGCCCGUGGUUAUUUCUAGCCGUCCGAUACUUGAGAUGCCUUUCAGUGACGUUUUGGACUGGAAUGGCAUUGCGAUGUUUGUUGGGGCUAAAGCGGUGAAAGGGUUAGCGGGCAGGUUGGAGGAGGCUUUCGGGCAGGGGAGACACGAGGAGAUGAGGGGGGCGGGGCAGCGGGCAGCCGUCCAUCUCAUAUGGAACAGUCCUCCUCGACCCUACGAUGCGUUUUACACGGUGAUGUACCAGCUGUGGCUUAGACGGCAUACGAUCAGAUACGCUAGGAGGCAGAACCUGUAAGGGUACUUUCGUCAUUUGUAACUGUGGAAGCACGCUAGGGGGCAUUUUGGUCAUUUAUUUGGUGACAUGGUCUUCGACCAUGAAUGGCCGGCUGUAAUCUCUUGCAACCGGGAAGGGUAGUUUGGUCAAUUGUGCUUAUAGUAGUGGCCUUGUGGGGCUUCAAUUCUGUAAAGUUACUGGAGGGUAAUAUUGUCGUUGUGGAAAUGACCUUGGAGACGACGACCUUGUCAUAAAGGGUAUUUUCGGCAUUUUCAGAAGUUCAAUGUACAUCUUUUGUGGGUUAGUGCAAGGAUUAUACAAUGAGCCUAUUUAUCUUUCGUACAAAAAAAUCACAAUCUAUUGUAACCAACCCACACGACACGUAAGUUUUAUCUUUGAUAUUGGUAUAAAGCGAUCAAUGUAUAAUGGAAAAAGUUUAUAUAAGGUUGCAACCAUAUAAU